AUGGCAGCCAAAAAGGCCGCGGAGGUCCUGCACGAACUGGAGGACCUCCAAUCAAUCCAUGAGAUUUCCAUCAUAAAACUCAGCGAGCCAAUAUCCUCGGUCUUACCACAAGCCGGCCAGGACGCCAACAGCGCCCGCACCUCAGAUGUGUCCAGCUCGUCCGUGGACGCGACACCGGCCAGCCUGGAGGCCGACCUGGCGCACUACAAGGAGCUGUUUGCGAAGCUGCGAUUCUCCUACGUCGAACAGGUAACCAAGGAGAAAUUCAUCCGCGCCAUCGUCGGGGAGCCUCCCCUGAUCGUCACGCCGCAGGAGAACGUCGAGCUGGAGAAACAGAACGCUGCGGCAAAGGCGCAGCUUAAGGCGCUCAAGAUGGAGGUCGCCGACACGGUCGAGGAGCUGGAGAGCAAGGGACGGGAGCUGAGCAGGAAGUACGAGGCCGUGCAGAUGGAGACGGCCACGCUGCGGGAGAUGCCUGACAGGAUCGCCGGGCUGGAGGAGAGGAUUGCGGAGCUGCGGGAGCAGCUACAGCCUGGCGAGAACCCGAGCCUCAACCUGCCAUUGGCCAAGACGCUGGAGCUGGUCGCAGAGAAGAAGCUGCAGAGGCACGAGCUGGAGAGGCAGCUGGAGCAGCUUCGUGCGCAGGUCCCGCGCAAGAGGAAAGAGAUGGAGCGACUACAGACUGAGCUGCAGCCCUUGGAAGUCAAGAGGCAGAACAGCCUGGCGGCGGCGAAGGAGGCGCGGAGAAGGAAGGAGCAGGCGCUAGGUGGUGUCGAGGACGACCUGGAGGAGAGGGGUAGGUGGUGGAGGGCUUCUGAGGCGGCGCUGAAGCAGAUGCUGGAGAUUGAAAGCUGA